UCUCCAGACAAAAUGUUCAAUGUUCUGUUAACCUGUUUCAUUGAUAUCCAAGCCACGAAUGUUACUCAAUGUAAUGCACUUUUCGCUUGUCAUUAUCAUUCGACGAACACGGCUAAUUGCACAACUAAUACUGCAUGCCUUGUAAGCGGCCAACCGACGAUAUCUAUUAAAUUUAAUUGUACUUUGGAAGAUCAAAGUCAAUGUGGAUUUACCUGCAAUGACUGUCAUGGCUCCGCAGAAAAUAUAGACUGUGAUAACUGUGUUAAUCAUUUAUAG